CUACUCGCUGCCGGUUCUUUUCUUCAAGUUGUCUAGUAUUGCCAUUGCCAUUUCCAUCUCCAAAUGAGUUUCAUAUUUCACUAUUGUUAUAUGCCUCUUUGAUUUGCUUAGAUUAUUCUAAGCACUGUUGCUAGCAUAGUUAAACUUAGGACACAAGCUAGCUUUCAUUUUGAUGGGGAUGUUGCCUCAUCUUGGUAUGGCUGGCCUAGCUUCAAUUUAUUUAUUUUUUUGGUGGUGGAGAAGUUGCCACCAGAGUCUUGGACCCUAUGUUAUCGAGUCAAAAAUCUCCACAAGGAGCCUAAAGUUAUGUCAAAUUUGUCUCCCAUGACUUUGAACUAUUGGCAGAAGUAUCAUAGAACUUUCAUCAUGUGUGGCCUAGGUGCUUCACUUCUUUCAAUAGCAGAGCUAUGCUUCAAAAAACUAUUUACUUCAGAGUUUUUUUUCCUGGUAAACAAUUAAACAAAUGGGCAUUGUUUUGUUGUUCUUCCUGUUCAUAUUCAGUUUGCUUCCCUCCCAGUAUACUGCUCAGCUUUAUAACAUGACUCCUUCAAACCCACUAGCACUAGGACAAACUCUAGUCUCCCCUGGCCGCAUUUAUGAAUUGGGAUUCUUCAGUUUGAGUAAUUCCACUAAUAGAUAUCUGGGGUUAUGGCACAACAAUAUAUAUCCCCGGAAAUUUGUCUGGCUAGCCAACAGAGAAAAACCUCUUUCAGUUGCAGACACAUGGGCUAAUCUGAGAAUUAGUAGCAAUGGGAAUCUGGAGCUUGUAGAUGGGAAACAGAACUCUGUCUGGUCAACCAUUGAAGUAUCAUCAUCUAAUAGUACUUCAGCAGUUGCAGUUCUUCUAGACACUGGAAACUUUGUUGUCAAAGAUGAUAUAGGAGCUGAUGAGUUUAUAUGGCAGAGCUUUGAUUGUCCUUGUGACACUAUGAUACCUGGCCAGCUGCUAGGAUUCGAUAGUAAAUCCGGAAAGAGGUAUGUCCUCACUAACUGGAAAAGUGAUAAUGAUCCAUCAAUGGGUAUAUUCUCGUCUGGACUUUCAGCAGAGACACCAUCACAAGUGUUUGUUUGGAUUAACAAUGGAUCAACUCCUCACUACAGAAGUGGACCAUGGGAUAAAUCAAAGUUCAUUGGGGUAGUGGACAAGGAUUCCCAGUGGCAGUAUCUAAGUGGAUAUACUCUAGAGGAUGAUGUGAAGCAAGGAACAAAGUAUUUGUCUUACUAUAAUUUAGUCGACAACAUUACUGGAUACACAGAGAUGUCUUCAGAUGGUUCAGUAAGGCUUAUGUAUUCAGAAAAUGGCAAGAACUGGAGUGCUGUCUUGAAGAUUCCAAAUAAUGCAUGUGACAUUUAUGGAACAUGUGGACCUUUUGGGGUUUGCAAAGCUUCUGAAUCUCCAAUCUGCAUGUGUUUGAAAGGGUUUGUACCAAAAUCGAGCGACGAAUGGAGCAAAGGGAACUGGACUGGAGGGUGUGUGAGGCAAACCAAUUUGUUUUGUGAGAGACAAACAAAUAUCUCAGUCUCAACUACAGGAAAACAAGGUGAUGGCUUUUUGAAGUUGGCAAGGUCCAAAGUACCAGAUCAUCAUGAAUAUAUGUCUUCUUUGGGCGAUGUAGACACAUUUGAAGACUGCAAGAUGGUGUGCCUAAAAAAUUGUUCUUGCUUGGCCUAUUCAUAUGUCAAUAGUAUAGGGUGUUUGCUCUGGUUCAAUUACCUCAUUGAUAUACAGGUGUUUCCCUCUGAUGGAGUAAAUCUAUAUAUUCGUCUAGCACACUCAGAACUAGGUGAAGCAAACCCAAUAAAGUUAAUUGCCAGCCGUACAGUUAUUGGUUUUAUGAGUUUGUUGGCUGCCAUAGUUUUUGGUUUAUACAGAUUGCGUGCCAGUAAAAAGGGUAAGAAAAUGAAAUGGUCUAGAGAAGGUCUUCUAGAAUAUAUAGGAAAACAUGACUGCUCGGAGCUAAAGAUAUAUGAUUUUGAUAGCAUAUUAAUCGCCACAGACAGCUUCAGCUUCAAAAACAAACUCGGGCAAGGAGGCUUUGGCCCAGUUUAUAAGGGAAUGCUACCCGAAGGGAAGGAAAUAGCAGUAAAAAGACUAUCUAGUAGCUCAAGACAAGGUGUUCAGGAGUUCAAGAAUGAGAUGUUGUUGAUCUCCAAGCUUCAACACAAAAAUCUUGUUAGGAUCAUGGGUUGUUGUGUAAAGGAGGAUGAGAAGUUACUUAUUUACGAGUUCAUGCCAAACAAAAGCUUGGAUACUUUUCUAUUUGAUCCGACGAAGAGAGCAGUGCUUGAUUGGGCUACAUGCUUUAAUAUUGUUCAGGGUGUAGCUAGAGGGCUUCUUUAUCUCCAUCAUGAUUCCUAUUUGAAGAUAAUACACAGAGAUAUGAAAGUCAGCAAUAUUCUCUUCGAUGAGAAAAUGAAUCCAAAAAUUUCAGAUUUUGGAUUGGCACGCAUAGUUGAAGGAACACAAAUUCUAGAAAAUACUCAGAGGGUGGUGGGAACACGUGGCUAUAUAUCUCCAGAGUAUGCCAUGGGCGGAAUAUUUUCUGAAAAAUCUGAUGUCUACGGUUUCGGGGUUUUGGUAUUGGAGAUUAUUAGCAGCAAGAAGACUACUGACUUUUAUUUAUAUGACCAACAGCUAGGCUUUCUAGCCUAUGCAUGGAAGUUGUGGAAGGAAGACAGAGGAUUGGAGUUAGUAGAUGAAAUACUGGGUGAUUCAUAUUCCUCAUCAGAAGUAAUGAAAUGUAUGCAUAUUGGGCUUCUUUGUGUACAAGACAAUGCUACGGAUAGGCCUACCAUGACAGAUAUAGCGUUGAUGCUAAGUAGUGAAAUUGAUGGUCCACAACCUAAGGAGCCUUUGUUCACUAUCCCGAAUUCAGUUUCUUAUCCUAAACCACAAUAUGAAAAUAUUGGUUCCUCCAAAAAUGAAGCUAGCAUUACAGUGAUUGAAGGUUCUGCUUCUGAAUUUCAUCAAAAACCAGUUCAUACUCUUCAUUAUUUUGAUGUUCUCACUAUUGCGAUGCCAAUAGGUGUUGGAACCAAUAGUGUUAGUGUUUUAAAUUCCUCCAUGUUCUUCCUAUUCAUCUUCAGCUUGCUUCCCUCACAACAUUGGUCUGAAGUUUAUGAUCUAACUCCUUCACAAUCAUUAGCACAGGAACAAACUCUAGUCUCUCCCGGUCAAAUUUUUGAAUUGGGAUUUUUUAGUCCUAAUAAUUCUGCUAAUAAGUAUGUGGGGUUGUGGCACAAAAGUAUAUUUCCUCGUAAAAUUGUGUGGGUGGCUAACAGAGAAAAUCCCCUUGCAGUUACAGACAGCUUGGCUACUUUGAGGAUUGGCAGCAAUGGAAAUCUGGAGCUUGUAGAUGGGAAGCAGAGUUCUGUCUGGUCAACCAAUGUUUCGAUGUCAACUAAUGGUUCAGCUGCAGUUCUUUUAGACAAUGGAACCUUUGUUCUCAAAGAUGAUAUGGGAGCUGAUUUGUGGCAGAGUUUUGAUUAUCCUAGUGACUCACUUCUGCCAAGCAUGUUGCUGGGAUUUGAUAGUAAUACUCGAAAAUGGAAUUUGUUGACAUCAUGGAAAGGUGAAAAUGAUCCAUCAACUGGGAUAUUCUCGGUUGGAUUGUCAGCACAGAUGCCAACACAAGUGUUCAUUUGGAAAAAUGGAUCAACUCCCCGCUGGAGAAGUGGUCCAUGGGAUAAAUCAAAGUUCAUUGGUGUACCUAAUAUGGAUUCUCAAUAUCUAAGUGGAUUUACUCUAGAUGAUAAUGUGAAACAGGGAACAAGGUACUUCUCCUACAGUUUUUUUGACAAAACUCUUGCAUAUUUGGACAUAUCUUCUGAUGGAAUCUUAACGGUUAUGCUUUCGGAAAAUGGCGAGAAAUGGAGUAUUAACUAUGCUGUACCGACUAAUACAUGUGAAAGUUAUGGAGCAUGUGGACCUUUUGGGUUUUGCAAAGCUUCUGACCCUACAGUCUGCAAGUGUUUGAAAGGGUUUAUACCCCAGUCAGGCAAGGAAUGGAGCAAACGAAACUGGACAAGAGGUUGUGUGAGGGAAACCCCAUUGUCUUGUGGGAGACGCACAAAUACAUCAGUCUCGUCAAUGGGGAAGAAAGAUGGGUUUUGGAAGAUGGAGAACUCCAAAAUACCUGAUUUUCAUGAAUAUCUGACAUCUUUAUCUGACGAUGUGAAUGAGGACUGUAAGACACAGUGCUUGAGUAAUUGUUCUUGUCUGGCUUAUGCGUAUGUCUUCAAUAUAGGGUGUUUGGUAUGGUCCAAAGACCUCAUUGAUAUACAGGAGUUUAGCUCUGGCGGUGAAGAUCUUUUUAUUCGGCUAGCACAUACAGAUUCAGGUUAUGGAAAGCGGACAAAACUAAUUGUCAGCCUCACAGCUAUUUUUGUCAUUAGUAUUCUGGGUUUCAUAGUGUUCGGUUUGCACAGGUUCUCAGCUAGAAAGAAGGGUAAGAGUUUGAGUUACAGAGGAAACAUAAUAGUAACAACUAAGCACUUUGAGUCAAUUGAUACGACUGAGACUUCAAGUGACACUCUUCUAGAAUGUAUAAGAGAGCACGAUCGGGCAGAGCAAUUCAUGUAUAAUUAUGAUAGCAUCUUAAUUGCAACAAACAAUUUCAGCUCCACAAACAAACUCGGCGAAGGAGGAUUUGGCCCUGUUUAUAAGGGUAAGCUACAAGAAGGGAAGGAAAUAGCAGUAAAAAGACUAUCUCGUAGCUCAGGACAAGGAGUAGAAGAGUUCAAGAAUGAGAUGUUGUUGAUCUCCAAACUUCAACAUAAAAAUCUUGUUAAGAUCAUGGGUUGCUGUGUCACAGAAGAUGAAAAGUUACUGAUUUAUGAAUUCAUGGAAAACAAAAGCUUGGAUACCCUUCUGUUUGAUCUGUCAAGAAGAGCGGAGCUCAAUUGGGCCAGACGCUUCAAUAUUAUUCAGGGUGUUGCUAGAGGACUUCUUUAUCUUCAUCAUGAUUCUUGUUUGAAGGUAAUACAUAGAGAUUUGAAGGUCAGCAAUAUUCUCUUGGAUGAAAAAAUGAAUCCAAAAAUUUCAGAUUUUGGAUUGGCACGAAUUGUUCAAGGGACACAGGAUCUAGAAAAUACUCAGAAGGUUGUGGGAACACGUGGCUACAUGUCUCCGGAAUAUGCCAUGGGAGGGAUAUUUUCUGAAAAAUCUGAUGUCUAUAGUUUCGGAGUCUUGGUAUUGGAGAUUAUUAGCGGUAGGAAGAAUAACAGCUUCUAUUACAAUGACCAACUGCCAAGCCUCCUAGCUUAUGUAUGGCACUUGUGGAGUGAAGGCAGGGGAUUAAAGUUAGUAGAUGAAGUAUUGGCUGAUUUAUAUUCGUCAACAGAAGUAAUGAGAUGUCUGCAGAUUGGGCUUCUUUGUGUACAAGACAAUGCUGUGGAUAGGCCAAGCAUGUCGGAAGUAGUUCUCAUGCUAAGUAGUAACACAGACAGUCCACAACCUAUGAAGCCUAUAUUCACUUUCCACAACGCAGUCUCUCCUUCUCAACCACAGUAUGUGAAAAGUACUUGUUCAGGAAAUGAAGCUACCAUAACGAUAAUCGAAGGGCGAUAGAUAAUAACAAAUUGUUGCAUAUCAAAUAGGUAUCCUGCCUACACAAUUCCAUAGCAGACAGACUUUAUUUGUAGCUACAUGCCAUGCUCACCAUCAUCCAUAUGGUGGCUACAUGUAAAAAAUAUCCAUUCAGAUUCUGUAGAUUAAACUGCUUUUCAGGUCAAUCAUUAUUCAAUGUUGUAUUCAAUUUAGAUGUUUGGAAAACAAGGAGUUGAAGUUUUGGUAUUCUUUAUGAAAUGGUUGGGAGUUGAGUAUGCAAUUGA